AUGACGGCGUUUCUCGAUAAUGCCUACAGUCUGGUCCAGAUGGACAACGCUGCCGACACACCGUCGCAGCAGGACCUCAAGACCCAACUCGAAAAGGGUACCGAUGAGACCAAGGUCGAGACGAUGAAGAAGAUCCUCAUAAUCAUGCUCAACGGCGACCCUAUGCCAAACUUGUUGAUGCACAUCAUUCGAUUUGUCAUGCCGUCCAAGAGCAAGCCUUUAAAGAAACUAUUGUACUUCUACUAUGAGAUAUGCCCCAAAUUGGACGCCAACGGAAAGUUGAAGCAGGAGAUGAUCUUGGUCUGCAACGGCAUCCGAAACGACCUUCAGCAUCCCAACGAGUUCGUCCGAGGAAACACUCUGCGGUUCCUCGCCAAAUUGCGAGAGCCUGAACUCAUUGAGCCCCUCCUCUCCGCAGCGCAGACCUGCCUCGACCACAGACACGCCUACGUCCGGAAGAAUGCCGUAUGGGCACUUGCCGCUGUCUAUCAGCAUGCUCAGAACCUCAUACCCGACGCUCCUGAUAUGUUGCAGACCUUCCUGGCCGCCGAGUCCGACACCACCUGUAAACGCAAUGCCUUCGCUGCGCUUAUGACCAUCAGCCACGACAAGGCUCUGGAAUAUCUGACUGGGGUACUUGAUGGUGUGCCAAACGCGGAAGAGCUGUUACAAUUGGCUGAGCUAGAGUUCAUUCGCAAGGAUGCCGUUCAGAACCAGGCAAACAAAGCGAGGUAUCUACGGCUGAUCUUCGACCUGCUCGAGGCCAACACAAGCACCGUUACAUACGAGGCCGCCACUUCGCUCACAUCUCUUACGAGCAAUCCGGUCGCGGUCAAGGCUGCAGCCGGCAAGCUGAUCGAGCUGAGCAUCAAGGAAGCUGACAAUAAUGUCAAGCUAAUUGUGCUUGAACGGGUCGACCAGCUUCGCCGGAGAAACGAAGGCGUCCUAGAUGACCUGAUGAUGGAAGUGCUAAGAGUCUUGUCUAGCCCAGAUCUUGAUGUCCGGAAGAAGGCACUUGGCAUAGCACUGGAAAUGGUAUCAAGCAAAAACGUCGAGGAGAUCGUCAUGCUGCUCAAGAAGGAAUUGAGCAAGACUGUCAACGAACAAUACGAGAAGAACAGCGAAUAUCGACAAUUGUUGAUUCAGUCGAUUCACCACUGUGCCAUCAAAUUCUCAGAAGUUGCGGCAAGCGUGGUCGAUGUGCUGAUGGACUUCAUCGUCGACUUCAACAACAGUGCAGCCAUCGAUGUCAUCUCUUUUGUCAAGGAGGUGGUCGAGAAGUUUCCCAAACUGCGAUCGUCGAUAGUCGAGCGACUGGUGUCUACUCUUGGCGAGGUCCGGGCAGGUAAAGUCUACCGCGGAUCUCUGUGGGUAGUUGGCGAGUACUCUUUCACCGAAGAAGAUAUCAGGGAAGCAUGGAAACGAAUCCGCUCCAGCAUUGGCGAGAUUCCCAUUCUGGCAAGCGAACAAAGACUGCUCGAGGAGCAUGCUACGGAUGGCGACGCCGCGCCUGAACAAGCCAAUGGCACCAAACACACAUCUUCCAAUAGCAGAAAAGUGCUAGCAGAUGGCACAUACGCUACCGAAAGCGCCCUCACAACCGACUCGGCCGCCAAUGCAAGGUUAGAGGCUGUCAAGGCCGCAUCGAAACCGCCGCUUCGGCAGCUGAUCCUGGACGGCGACUACUACCUGGCUGCAGUGCUUUCUUCUACACUCACCAAGCUUGUUAUGAGGCAUUCUGAGAUCUCUUCGUCGCAAGAGCGUACGAAUGCCCUGCGAGCAGAAGCCAUGUUGAUCAUGAUCUCGAUCGUUCGAGUGGGUCAGUCACAAUUCGUUAAGGCUCCGAUCGACGAAGACUCGGUUGACAGGAUUAUGUCCUGCAUACGAUCACUAGCUGAGUUCUCAGAGCGUAAAGAGCUCGAAACGUCGUUCCUAGACGACACACGGAAAGCCUUCCGAGCUAUGGUAGAGGUUGAGGAGAAGAAGCGGGCAGAAAAGGCAGCAGUAGAGAAGUCGAGGACUGCUGUGCAGGUCGAUGACGUCUUCUCGAUACGACAGCUGACCAAGAAGGGCGCUGGCGACGGCAUGGACGAGGUCGAAAUUGAUCUUGAGAAGGCCACUGGUGGCGAUGCUGCAUACGAAGACUUGUCCUCGAAGCUGAACAGGGUCGUGCAGCUUACUGGCUUCUCGGAUCCGGUCUAUGCUGAGGCAUACGUCAAAGUGCAUCAAUUCGAUAUUAUUCUCGAUGUGUUGCUUGUCAACCAGACAACAGAGACGCUGCAGAAUCUGUCUGUCGAAUUCGCUACUCUGGGCGACCUAAAGGUCGUCGAGCGCCCGACGACCCACAAUCUAGGACCACAAGACUUCCUGAAUGUUCAAUCCACGAUCAAGGUAUCCAGUACCGACACCGGCGUGAUAUUUGGUAAUGUCAUAUACGAUUCGCCAGCCGGUAACGACACCAAAGUGGUCAUUCUCAACGACGUCCACGCCGACAUUAUGGACUACAUCCAACCAGCUACGUGCACUGAAUCUGCUUUCCGGACAAUGUGGACCGAGUUCGAGUGGGAGAACAAGGUGAAUAUCAGCAGUAAGGCGACGAAGAAGACACUGCGGGAGUUUCUGGAUCAUCUGAUGAAGAGCACGAAUAUGACUUGCCUGACUCCGGAUGCGGGACUGAAGGGCGAUUGCCAGUUCUUGAGCGCGAAUUUGUAUGCGCGGAGUGUGUUUGGUGAGGAUGCUUUGGCCAACCUGAGCAUCGAGAAGACGGCAGACGGCACCAUCGUCGGCUUCGUGAGGAUACGUUCUAGGUCACAGGGCUUGGCGUUGAGUCUGGGCUCGCUGAAGGGCUUGAAGGCCGGCACGUAUUAG